CAGAAACCAGUGUAUAAAUUAUCCAGUGAAAGUUUCAAACCACCAUGACAGACGUCCAAGAAAGUACCUCCGAUGCCACGGAUUCCCCCGACUCCCCCAGCACGACCACCAACAAGUUCAACUGGAUUAAACAGCAGGCCAGGGCGCGGAACAACCCGUUCGUGAAGCCCCGACCCUCGCUCACCAGGGAGAGCUCAACAUCCGAGCUGUUCUCAAGGACGAACUCCAGCGCGGACUUCUUCCAGAGCUCGCGGCUGAAUCUGUUCGAUACAGCGCCGAAACCGGAGACGAAUGAGAGAUUUGGAAAGGGCGUAUCAUUCAUAGGAUGGCACCAGCGGUCGCGGCUGGAGCGAGUGCUGCUAGUGCUGACAGCUUUGCUGACGUUGGCAGUUUUUCUGACUACCUGCCUGCUGUUAGCCAUGCGGGGUCCCACGUACCUCCCCGUGCCACCAUGCUACCAACCUGAACCUAAAGAAAGCAGUGUCUGCCUGUCCAGCUCCUGUAUCUACACUGCCAGCGAGGUCAUCAGGGCCCUCGACGAGACCCAGAAUCCCUGCGAGGACUUCUACGAGUUCGCUUGUGGGGGCUGGAUGAAGAACAACCCUAUCCCAGAGGGCAAGUCGCAGUGGGGCAUCUUUAGCAAGAUCGAGCUUCAUAAUCAGCUCAUCAUAAGAUCUGCUUUAGAAAAUGUCAACAUUUCUGACAAAAAUGGGGGAGAGUACAAAGCAAGAGUGUACUACGAUGCAUGCAUAGACACGAAUGAGACCAUAGAAAAACUAGCGGAGAAGCCUCUAGUGGACGUGAUCAACAAACUGGGAGGCUGGCAUUUACUCGACAAUAAUAACAAUUCUUUGACCAACAGUACCAAUAAUAAUACUAUUUUAAGCAACGCUACCAAAAAUACUAUUAAGGAUUUCGAUUUGCAAGAGCUUCUUCAAAAUAUACAGAAUAAGUACAAUUUGGGUGGAUUAUUUAAUUGGGCGGUAACAGAAGAUGACCGGAAUUCAUCAAAAUAUAUUAUAGUUCUGGACCAAGGUGGUCUAAACCUCCCAACGCGCGACUACUACUUAAACAAAAGUGCUCACGCGAAAGUUCUCGAAGCCUAUCUCAACUACAUGACCAGAGUAUGCGUGCUCUUAGGCGCGAACGAGACGAAAGCUAAAGAGCAAAUGAGUAAGGUGAUCGAAUUCGAGACGGCUCUGGCUGGGAUAACUACUCCUUCUGAGGAUAGGAGGGAUGAAGAGGGCCUGUAUAACCCGUUCACGUUGAAACAGUGGCAGAAGGAAGCGAAUUUCUUGAACUGGACGGCCUUCUUCAAUGAUGCUUUUAGAUUAGUUGGGAGAAGUAUAUCCGAAAAUGAAAGAAUCGUCGUAUACGCGCCUGAAUAUUUCCGGAACCUCACUAAAGUAAUAAAGAAUUACACAAGAUCAAAAGAAAAGAAAACGAUUCUAAAGAACUACCUCAUCUGGCAAGUGUCUCGUUCCCUCUCAACGUACUUGUCUAAAUCUUUCCGAGAUGCCACCAAAAUUCUACGCAAGGCAUUGUACGGCUCUGAAGGCACGGAGGAGUCUUGGAGAUAUUGUGUUACAGACACUAAUAAUGCUCUUGGAUUCGCAGUCGGCGCCAUGUUUGUCCGGGAAGUGUUCCAUGGGGAAGCCAAGACGCAGGGCGAGCUGAUGAUCGACAACAUAAGAAACGCGUUCAAGAAUAACCUCAGGAACUUGGACUGGAUGGACUCGGAGACGAUGAAGGCUGCUGAGACAAAAGCUGAUGCUAUUACCGAUAUGAUAGGUUUCCCAGAUUACAUUCUUCAGAAAGAGGAAUUGGACAAACAAUACGAGGAGCUGACCAUCCACCCGAACGAGUACUUCCAAAACAACAUCGCAUUUAACCUGUUCAGCUUGAAAAACGACUUGAAGAAAUUGGAUCAGCCAGUCAAUAGGACCAAAUGGGGUAUGACUCCAUCAACGGUAAACGCGUACUACACUCCAACGAAGAACCAAAUAGUAUUUCCCGCCGGUAUCCUGCAACUGCCUUUCUACGAUGGUGACAACCCUAAGAGCGUCAACUACGGAGCUAUGGGAGUUGUCAUGGGGCAUGAGUUGACGCAUGCGUUUGACGACCAAGGACGGGAGUAUGACAGAUUUGGGAACCUGAACCAAUGGUGGAACAACGCUACCAUAAACCGCUUCAAGAAGAGAGCCAAGUGUAUCCAGGAGCAGUACUCCAGUUAUUCGAUGGAGGGACAGCAUUUAAACGGGAAGCAGACUCUGGGGGAGAACAUAGCAGACAAUGGAGGCCUGAAGGCAUCAUUCCAUGCCUACCUGGACUAUAGCAAGACGGAAGCCAAAGUGAACUUGACGCUGCCAGGACUGAAGUAUAACCAUAGACAAUUGUUCUUCAUCUCUUUUGCACAGGUAUGGUGUUCCUCAAUGACCAAAGAAUCUACUAAAAUGCAAAUAGAAAAAGAUGACCAUACUGUCGCAAAAUACAGAGUAAUAGGCCCAAUUUCUAACCUGAAGGAGUUUUCCAAGGAGUUCAACUGUCCCGUGGGCUCUAAAAUGAAUCCGAAACAUAAAUGUGAAGUAUGGUAAUGCUGAGCGGAUUGUUUCGCUGGUUUGGCGCGUUUUGAGAGCUUCAGUGCUGCUGCGUUCCUAUAUUUAAUACGCCUGAAGUAUGUUAUUGUUGAUGCGUGAAAAAUUAAACUCGCUUAACAAAAAUAUUAGCAUUUCGAAGGCUAAGACAGACAGUGUUUCUUCAAUAAAAUAUACUUAACAAAAAUUCCAGUAUAAAAACUGACAGUGACGUUUGAUGUGACACUGACAGUUGGGACAAGUAGUACAAUUCAGAACAAAAGUGCUUUAAGGCUGUGUUACACCUACCUUUAGCAUCCUAAAUGAUUGCAUCCUUAAAUAAAUAAAUAAAUAAAAUUAAUUUAAGCUUUCCUGGAUUAGGUGUCUAGAUCAUGUAGGAUGCUAUAUAAAGGAAGAUGUAGUGCGUCAUUUAAACCUAGUACUCAUAUUUAACAGUCCUCCAAGACUAGAAGGCAGCUUAUUUGUUAAAGUAAGAGAUUAUUGUAGGUAAAUAUUACCCUCCUUCUAUAAGAGAUAUAGUCGCACCAAUAAAAGUCUGCAGCGGAUUUGAUAGCCCACGCAGCGUAAGUGUUAUUUAUACGUCAUAAUUUCAUAGAAGUUUGACGUUUAAAAUGACACUUGCAUUGCUGGGGCAUCAAAAUUGCUGCAGACUUUUUACGGUCUGGCUCUAGCAGCCUUGAAAGACUACAGUCAGGUCUAUAAGUAUGAGUACCUACUAGGUUUUAAGAAUUAUAAUAAUUAUACUUAAGCUCAAUACACUCAUACGCUCGAAGUAUAAAGGUGGUGAAGAAAAGAUUUUGUAAAAUAAAAAAGUACCAAAUUUGAAUAUGCUGAAUCUAUUUAAAAUAAAAUGCCUCAAAUGCUUGUGAGAAUGAACGAUUGUUAUUUAUGAAAGGAUGUAGUAUGAUUGGGCAUUUUUAUAUAUCGUAGUAGUAUUACUGAGCUUAGAGUAGUCGUGAUGAAAACGGAUUAACGGGUUACUGGUCAAAUAUAAUCCAUGUAUAAUUAAGUUAAUGGAAAACACUAUACGAAACUUAUGCGUGCCAUCCUAUAAGUACAUGUAUACAUUUUGUAAGAAUAGGCGUAAUGGGUUUGAUGUUAUUUAUGGAAUUAUGUGAUCCUAAUUGACCGUAUUAUUAAUGUAACUUUUAUUAUACCUCUAUUAUCUCACUGUCAAGAUCUCACCAUCAAAUAUACUCGGUCAAGCAAAUCUCGUCAGUAGAAAAUGGCGCGAAAUUUAAAUUUUCUAUGGGAAGAAAUCCCUUCGCGCCUACAAUUUUCGAAUUUGCCGCCUUUUUCUACUGACAAGAUCUGCUUGACCAUCUAUAAUAGCUUGGAAUGAAACUUGGUUUAAAAGCUGAGAUCUUUAGACUAACGUAAUUUUAUGUCAAGUUGCCCUGAUAACUUUUUUGUUUAAAGCCCACGCCUGACCUUGAUGCGUUAUUUGGGAAAAUAUAGGUGUUUAAUUUCGUUUGGGAUGGGAUAAAAAAUACGCAGAGCCAAUAUCACUAAGUAAACUGAUAUAAUUAACAAUUGUAUAAACAAAUAAUUAUGUAUUAGCACAACAUUGCCACACAAUUACUUACAUAAAAACAACAUUUCAUUUUUGAAUAGGCGUAUUUUUAUUACAUAUAUGUAUUUGUAUAUUUAGGUGUAUGUGUGAUGUUUUGACGUACUUAAUUUUAAGCAAAUAUGUAACCGUAUGGUACAGUAAAAUAAUUUAUUUUCCUACCCACUUUUGUACCUUGUCACAAUGACAAUAGUAUGAGGUAUCUUUCUUUUCUUUUCAUAUUGAUUGUCACUGUGACAAGGUAGGAAAUGGGCUUGACAUUAAAUUCUUUGACUGUAGGUACGUAGUACCAUGUAUAGUUUUUGAAAUAACGAUAAGUAUGUAAACCAUUAUUAGUCAAACCUUGAUAAGUGGGAUAUAUCUCAGAUAAAAUAACUGUUAGGAUAUACUCUGGCAAACCUACUUCGUCAGGAGAAAGAGGCACAAUAUUCAAAUUUUCUAUGGGAGAACAACCCUUCGCGCCUACAUUUUUCAAGUGGCUCCCUAUCCGUCAUCGUCGUAACUCUCACAUACUUUCUUUUCUUUAUUCUAUACUUUUUAAUCCUGCAACUCCCCGCUAUCUCAAGGAACGUUUCCCUUAUGUAAAUUCUCUUAGAUCCUCUCAAAAUUUGCUCCUAUCUGUGCCAUCUUCCUCUUCCAAAUUCUAUAAUUGCUCAUUUACUUUUCGGGCCAUUCGACUAUGGAACUCCCUCCCUGUCGAGUUAAGACGUUCUCAAUCUAUUACCUCCUUCAAAUCAAACCUUAAGAAAUACUACCUUUCCCUACCUUAGUUUUUCAUUUUUAUAAUAUUGACACUGUUGUUUCUUUAUUUAAUAUAUACUUUUUAUGUAUGUCUAUGUAUGUUUAUGGUUAUACGUAUUUAAGUAUGUUUAUCUAUAGUAAUAUUUUGUAUUGUUAAGUUAUAUUCAAUUCGACUUUUCAUAUUUUUUUCUUUGCGCCACCUACCGUAUAUUCUAAUUCUUAUGUCUCCGAUACCCAAAGGUUGUCUGGAAGAGAUCGCUCUUAAGCGAUAAGACCGCCUGUUGUUACCUCUACUGUCUUUGUUUAUGUUAUUGUCCAUUUAUUGUAAACUACGUGUAUGUGAGGUGUGCAAUAAAGAGUAUUGUAUUGUAUUGUAUUGUAUUUUUAAAAUUUUCCGUCUUUUCUACUGACGGAAAUGCUGCCAAACUAUAGUUAUUUAGUUCACUAAACUUAAAAAUAAAAGUAAAUAUCAGCGAAGGGGUGAAUGAAGACACCCUUCAUAAAAUAUAAAAAGUAAAUCUAAAAAUGCUGGACAUUUUUACCGUUUUGUACAGUGCUCAUUUAAAGUACGAGAUACUUUAUACUAAGCAGUAGAACCAAAAUUGUCUUAUCCUUUUUAUUUCUUGUGCCACAUUUUGAUGAUAUUUCACUUCGCGUUAAAAGAAAAAAUAAUCAUAAAGGAUUUGUUACACCUCUCUCAAUGUAGAAUCUUAAAUGUUUUUGUUUCACCUUAUUUAGCUUACAAAUACGAUUAUCAUUUUUAAAAUUUGGUGCAUAUAACUUAAUAGAAUACUAUAUUUAGAAAGGUUGGCAGGCUCUUAAAUAUGAUUAUGAAUAUGAUGUUAAUAUGUAAUUAUAAAUUCCAUUUCUGUCUGUUUUAUUGAGACGAGUUAUCUGGAAAACGUUUAUGCAAUAUUCUUUUGCCAUUUUAGAUGUUAUAAUUAAGUCACUGAUAGAGUUUAUUUUGUUAUUAUUUACUCUUAUACCUUCGUAAUAAAUGGGUAUGUACAUUGUAGCCUUUUAAUGUAAAUUUUGUCUUUAGGGAAUAUAAAGAAAUGUUAGGGUACCUAUUAGUAACUCACACUAAUUUUAAUCAUCCAACUCUACCGAAGGUGUAUUUUAUCAAGCUACAAAAUAAAAUUUACAAUCUAAAAGUUAAAAUAAAUUGACUUAUAAUAUCUAAGGUCUUAGGGGCAGUACAGCCACAGAAAAAUAGUACUGCCGUACAGAAAGGAAACUUCCUACAAAACCGAAGUUUGAUAGCGGUUCAGGGUCGAAUCAUGCUGUCCCUUUCUAAUAUAUGGCACUAUCCCUUUCGGCUAUUUAUGGUUGUCACGCAAAGAGACGUCGAGUUGUGUCAACCCUAAUAAUUGCUCGGAGCAAUGCUGAGCCGAGCGGAGCCGAGUUUAGCCGAAGUCAGGGGUUUCGCAACACCUGGUACAGCGGUAUGACACCGCUACAACGCGAUGGGUUGAUGAGUUCGCAUCACGCGUGCGAUUGUUCGCAACUAGUUGCAUUAGACUGCACGAUGGUUCGAAUUCCUGAGUGACACCACUGAUAUAGUGUUUUUAGCGCCCGUAACGCCCGUCCUUAGAUAUUAUACGUCAAUGUGAAAAUAUAAAGCAGCAAUACUGACCAAAACGACACAUGCCAUUGGUCAGGUGCGUAUCAAAUGCAGUUAUACUACUAUACGCCUGUAAACAGAACUCUUAACUUGUUUCGUUAUAAAAUAUCGCCUGUUCAAGUAGUUUCGUACCCUGUAAUGCUAGGGGAUGUUAUUGGACCCCUGUACUCUUCCAGUGAUUAAGUUUUUACCUGACGGAGAUUUGUCCUUGACUCAAUUUGCAGACUUGCUAAUAUAAGAUUGGUUGCAUGGCAGGAUUGAAACAGUUUCCAGGCAGCCUUUAAAAGAGUACUUGAUAAGAGUUCAAUAUGGAUUGUUCCAAUAGCAAAUAAGUACAAUACGCGUAGGGAACACAUUUAAUGGCGACAAUAAACAUUUUGUCUCUCGAUGUUCCCCAUCCCUAAUAUUUACUGUAAAAAGUCGUUUUCCAUGUCUGUAUGCCAUAAAAUAUAAUAUUUAUAUUAUACUUAUAAAGUAGGUGACUCAAAUGUAAACCAUCAUUUCAUUGGAUAUAAGAAAAUUUUCUUUUGUUUAUUUAUACUUUACUAAAUAUAUGCGCGCGGGUAUAUUACCUAAAAUCUUGGCUGUUUUCAAACUAAUAAAUAUAAUCAGUAUUCAUAUUAAACCCAGUUUAGGAGCUGUACCACAUUUUGUUGUCUAUCCCAAUGAAUAGAUAUUUUUAUAUUCUGCCAACAUCUGGGAUUUAUUCAGUUGAUUUCCAGUUUAUAAUGGAAGAAUCACUGGAAAAUCGAUUUCGUUAAGCAUUCUAAUUAUUAACAAUUUUAAAUGUUAACGUGCUUUUGGUGUCUAAUAUAUUAAUUUUAAAGCUUUUGAGUUAUUAGUAAUCCAGCCUAGAUUGUCAUAAUCGACGUCAAUAUUUCCAUAUCACGUAUAACAAAUGUAAAUAGACAAGUCAAUAUUUAUUUAAAUAAAACAAUUAAAUAGUUAAUUUAACUCUAGACAGUAUUAAUCGGUUGCCAAAAACAUUGUAAUUGCUCCAUAGUCUUGCUAUACUACGGCAAAUAAUAAAGCGCCCAGUAAUGCCAAUAAUGACGCAAUACAUGGUUUUUAUUUAGUGUAAUUACUAGGAUAUCUGGAGUAACGUGUCGAUCAAAAAACAGACAAGACAACGCUUUUGUAUUAUUAUUUUCAAUGAUAACAACUCGAUAACAUUCUCAGUGAUGAUUAAUUUAAAAUAUAUACAAAUGUACCUAAUCGCUGAUAAAUCGUUUACAUUUAUUUUUGAUUUUUAUUGUUUACCGAUUUAAUGAGAAUCGUAAAUAUACAUUUUUAUUUAUAAA